GUCCUCUGUGCCUUACAAAUCUCAAGUGACGCCAGUUGAUCCGCAUCGAGACGUUCUCUGAUCUCCACCGUCUCCAUUCAGGAGGGCGAUGAGGUCGGUGGGGAGCAUGCAGCUUGUCCUGCUCGUGGCCUUGACCUCCACAGCCACAGGCCUCCACAUCCCUCUGGAAGUGGAGCAGCCUCCAGCCAUAAUAACUCUCACAUCUGGUCCUAUUAUUGCCCUCCCGUUUGACAAGACCAUUACUAUCAGGUGUGAAGCCAGAGGCAACCCACCACCAGAGUACAGAUGGACAAAAGAUGGCGAAGAAUUUGUCCCUCCCAACAUCACAACAGACCACACAGAUGGCACCUUCGUGCUUCUCGACAAGCAUCUUGUCACGUUUCAGGGUAAAUACCGAUGCUACGCUUCCAACAAGCUGGGAACUGCCAUGACGGACGAGAUUGAACUGAGAGUCCCCAGUGUCCCCAAGUUUCCAAAGGAGGUUAAUGUACCCAUUGUUGUGAAGGAGGGAGAGCCGAUCACCCUGGAGUGUAACCCUCCAGAAGGCGUGGCCCCACGUCAGAUCUACUGGAUGACUCUUGAUCUCAUGCACAUUGACCAGGAUGAGAGGGUUUCCAUGGGCGCUGAUGGCAACCUGUACUUCUCUAAUGCCUUACAGAAAGACAGUCGAAAGGACUACUGUUGCUUUGUUGCCUUCAACAAAAUACGCAUCAUCGUCCAGAAAACCGCCAUGGCUGUCAUGGUCACCAACUUGAAACAUGGCAAUGAGUCUGAUGACGGCGGCAAUUCCACUGAAGCCCCCCCAGCGAGAAUACCCAGCAUGCUGCUGCCCUCUGGUGUUCAGACAGAGAAAGUGCUGUUGAUGGGAGAGAAUCUGCAGCUCGAGUGUAUAUCACAGGGAUAUCCCACUCCAACGAUGUCAUGGAUAAAAAUGGGAGACAAGCUGCCUCUACGGACACAAUUUAACAACUUUGGAAAGCUGUUAUCCAUAUCUUCUGUCGAUGAGUCGGAUAGUGGGAAAUACAUGUGUAAAGCCCACAACUCUGAAGGAGAGGCUGUCCACUACAUUGAUGUAAUCGUGGAAGACCGGCCAAAGUGGGUGACAGGGCCUCCUCAAGGCCAGCUGACCGUGAUUGGGACUGAUGUUCACAUCAAGUGCUCAGUCAGUGGCAAACCUACGCCAGACAUCACAUGGAGGAGGAAUGGAGAAUUGUUCAGCGAUGACCCGAGGAGCAGCAGCAAGCGAGUGCUCGAUGACACCGUGGUCCUCCAUAACGCCAGAGCAGAGGACAGUGCCGUCUACCAGUGUGAAGCCUCCAACAGGCACGGCAGUGUCCUGGCUAACAUCAACAUCAUGGUCAUGAAUGAGGCUCCGCGAAUACUGACAAGGGACUUUCAAGAGUAUGGUGUAGUAGUAGGACGGGACAUCGUCAUGAACUGCAGUGUUUUCGGCUCUCCACCACCCACCAUCUCCUGGGCCAGAAAUGAGACUCUAGAGCCCAUCGAGGGGGAACAAUUUUUGUCUCCGACCGGAUCUUUGAAAAUCACAAGUGCCGAGAAGAACGACAGCGGGAACUAUGUGUGUGUUGCCUCUAACAGGGAGGGAAAGUCAUCGGUCAUCGCUGUGCUGGAUGUGAAAGACCCGACAAAAAUAGCAUACCCACCUCAGGACAUGGAGAUCAUCAGUGGGACCACAGCCCAGUUGAUGUGCCAGGCAGAGUUUGACGAAAGCCUGCGGGGAACCUUUAUGUUUGCUUGGAAGAAGGAUGGGGAGGAGAUCCCACUUGAGGAACAUUCUAGAUACUUUAUGAAUGACGGCAUGCUGCAGAUCAUGAGUGUGAACAUGAGCGACCAGGGGAUAUACACAUGCAUUGCGAGGACCAGCCUAGAUGAGGACAAUGCCACUGCACUACUCACUGUACUGGACGUUCCCGAUGUUCCAAGAAAUGUAGUGAUAUCUGAAAUGGGAAUCCCGAGAAAUGUUCAGCUGGCUUGGAUACCUGGGAGUGAUCACAACAGCUCUGUAAUAGAAUUUAUAGUGGAGUAUGAGGAGAGCCAAUGGGAGCCCGGCCGGUGGAAGGAGCUCCAGAAAGUCCCCGGUAACCAGGCAACAGCCACGCUUGCACUACAAGGACACCUUAACUACCAGUUCAGAGUGUAUGCAGUUAAUGGUGUUGGACCUGGACCCCCAAGUGAGCCCUCUGAAAGAUACAGAACACCUCCUGCUGCUCCUGAAAGAAACCCAGAAAACAUCAAAAUUCAAGACCAUCGCCCUGAUCAAAUGGACAUAGGCUGGGAGCCCCUGUUGCCCAUUGAACACAAUGCCCCAGGCCUCGAGUACAAGGUGAGCUACAGGAAACUGGGCGUGGAAGAUGUCUGGAAGGAGCAUCUGGUCAAAAGGCAAUCCUUUGUCGCGACGAACACGUCCACUUUUAUCCUCUACGAGAUCAAAAUUCAGAGCAGGAACAGCCACGGCUGGGGACCAGAGCCUAAGGUUGUUACGGGUUACUCUGGAGAAGACGUCCCGACUGCAGCACCACGGGACGUAGCAGUGGAGGUGAUCAAUACCACCGUCCUGAGAGUUAGCUGGACCCCUGCUCCACCUGCCACCGUGAGAGGUCAUCUCGGAGGCUACGAUGUUCUGUGGUUGAGGAAACGAAGUUGGCUGAACCCCGACAAGAUUUUAGAUGAGCGCCGGUCGCUGUCUUUUCCUGGGAAGAAGAAUCAUACCAUGGUGCCGGGCCUUAUACCUUUCUCGGAGUACAGACUCACCGUCAAUGUUUUCAACAAGAAGGGCAAUGGCCCCAACAGUGACCCGGUGACCUUCAACACUCCAGAGGGAGUUCCCGAGCAAGUGCACAUCCUGACUGCCUCCAACGCGCAGAAAGACUCCAUUUUGCUGGUUUGGGGCCCACCGCUGGAGAAGAACGGCGUCCUCACUGGUUACCUCCUGCAGCACCACCUCAUUAAUGAGACCACACUGGAGGUGGUUGAUUCCCAGGAGACGAACAUCACGACGCCUGACACCACCCAAUGGCAGCUUCAAGGUCUAAAGGAGGGCCGCCUCUACCGCUUCCUUCUCAGAGCCUGCACUCAAGCAGGUUGUGGACCUCCGAUGGCCCAGGAGAGCAGCACCGACAAUCCAGCACAUUUGUCCCCGGCACCAGCUGUGGCCCCUGUUCAGAGCAUGCCAGCGCUGUUGAACAUAAGCUCUUAUGUGAGUGACACCUUUGCCAAAAUCAGCUGGACUGCCAGAGCAGAGCAGCAGGACUCGGAGCUUUAUGUGGCUUAUAUGAAUAACCGUGACGGCAACUGGCUGGUAUCAGAGGCUGUAAACGCUUCUCGAGGUUUCCACGUUAUUGAUGGGCUCAAAGCGGGGACCGCGUACACCGUGCGCCUCAUGGCCAAGCGGCUGCUCGAUAAUGCUAGCAUUUUUGAAGGUGUUAUCCAGACCCGAGUCAAAGGUGCGAAAAGUCAGCGGAGCAAGUUCUCGACCGAGGGCUGGUUCAUCGGGACCGUGUGCGCUCUGGCGUUCCUCACCCUUGUCACGCUCAUGGCCUGCUUUGUGCAGAGAAAGAGAGGUGGCAAGUAUGCAGGUACGCCGCCGCCAACCCAGCGACAAGACGUGUUCUUCAUGGGAAAAGUGAAAGAGAAGGAGGACCUCCACCCUGAUGUGGAGUCACAAGGAAUGAAUGAUGACACCUUCUGUGAAUACAGUGAAGAGAAGCCACUAAAGGGCAGCAGCUUGCGGUCCCUGGCUGGAGACGACGCGUUGGGGGACAGCGUCAGCAGAGACAGCAGAGACAGCCCGGGCGACUACACCGACAGCGAAGGAGAAUUCAACGAGGACGGUUCAUUUAUCGGGGAAUAUUCCGCACGCACUCGCCGAGGCUGUUAGCGCGCCCGGUGGACCCAGACCAGUCCCUGUAUGAAGCCGGGCUGCAGUCUGAACGGUCGACAGCAAAUGUUUUUCAAGAUACUUUUUUAAUAUUCAGCUUCCCUGGGAUCACAUAUAGCGUGAAUAGACAAAUGUGGGGGGUUAAAAUGACUCAAAUGUGCAGACGUUUUGCCCAGGGACUGGAAAAGAGAGAACACCCCCACCACGCGCGGCGGUGGGAACACAUGUAAGUCUUUGUACAUACUGGAAGAGAAUGACCCGUUUCAUUUGAGUUUUUCAAGAUUUUAUUAAUUAUAAUAAAGGUUGUUUUUGUACCUCAUAGGCUGUUAUCUUCAGCUGAGUUUGUCAAUUCCCUUCUUUCACAAAAGGAUGAAGAUUAACAUUAUUUCCCACAAUACAAACAUUACUGACAGUCACCAAAAUGUGUUUUUCCUUAACAAGUGAAUGAAAUGACACAAGUAGAAAUUCAUCUCCAGCCUGUGUUCGAUGACGGUUGGAUCAAUAUAGUCAUAAAUGCUUCACUGUCCAUUACUGUAUUGUAUGUGUGUUUCUGACUUUGGUUAUUAGACAAAUGUGUGAAAGUUUGCUAUUGAUACCUUUUUAUAUCAUUAUGUCAAACAUAUUUUGGAAAUGUUGGAUCGCUUUUUACAUCAAACAUGAAAAAUAGAAGAAAAACAACAUUAACGUAAGAACCAAUUCAAGCAUCACAUUCUCCCAACUAUACGCCCCUGGUUGGUUGGGGAAUUAUGGAAAAGACAUAUAUGUUGUUUAGAAAGAGGUUAAAGGGAAAAGUGUGUUUAUAUAUCGAGUGGAAUCAUGAAAACAUUUAUUUGACUCAUCCAGACUCGAAUUGGUGAGCUUCCACCUUAAGGCCGUAUUAAGAUGAAGUUUUGAAACUAAAGCUGUUCAUCAUA